AGUGAUAGUACUGCUGAGCUGUUUUUCUGCACGUUUUUACUGUAGUUAAAGUGUAAAGUCUUUAAUAUUCAGCGUAUUAGUGUAACCUUAACCUAUUAAAGUGUCUUUUAAACCACGUUUUAGUCGAUGAGUCUGACAGUUAGCCACUCUGUACUUGUGUUCACUUCCCUGGGAGUCUUGUUUGGAUGUUAUCAGCUGCAGCGAGCUAACUCUCUGUAACACUGGACUGGUUUAUUAGGUGAAGUAUAGCCUCCUCUCUCUGCCAGCAUGCUCCUCAUCGUCCUGGUAUUCAGCCUGUCUCUGGUUGUAACAGGACAGGAGGCGGACAACGACUGGAUAGACCCGUAUGACAUGAUCAACUACGAUUCAAGCACCAAAAGCAUGAAGAAGCCUGCAGAGCCAACAAACUAUGACAAUGUGCCAACCAAGAGAAGGGAGUACACUCAUGACUUAAGCCAGGUGGAGCUGACGUCCUGCAGGACACAAGUAGUGGAUCUAAAGAGACAGAUUGAAGACCUAAAGAAGAGAAUCACUCUCAUCUCACAGCAGCCUACAUGCAACCCAGUGUUCAAACGCUUCCUUACCAGACUCCGGAAGGAAAUACAAAGAGUUGGUUUGCCCAGUGACUCCACGGAAGUCUUCUACGAUGCCAAAAUCAGACUGUCCUCACAAGCCAUGGCAGAGAUUGAGUCACUUCUGGAGGGUGGAGACAGCUGGAGAACAGGAGCUCUGGACAACGCCAUCAGUCAGAUACUGGUAGAUAUCAGACCACAUGACUACGAGGCCUGGAAGUGGCGUUUUGAAGACACCUUUGGCGUGGAGCUUGACACAAUAUUAAAAAUGGGGCUCGGUGUUCUGAUCAUAGUGGCCAUCAUAUGCACUCAGCUCUGGUCAACGGUGUCCUGGUUCGUGCAGUUCAGUCGACUGUUUGCUGUCUGCUUCUUCGUCAGUAUUAUCUGGAACUGGCUUUAUCUGUACAAGAUUGCCUUUGCUGAUCACCAAAGCCGCCUAGCAAAGAUGGAUGGCAUCAAUGAAAAAUGCACUGGAAUGAAGAAAAUUGACUGGAGUGAUAGCUUGAAAGAGUGGUUCAGAAGCACCUGGACUCUUCAAGGUGACCCGUGUAAGAAAUACUAUGAAGCCAUCGUGGUUAACCCCAUUCUGCUGGUACCUCCAACAAAGGCGAUCGCAGUUACCAUCACAACCUUCAUCACAGAGCCACUAAAGCACGUUGGACAGGGGAUCAGUGAGUUUCUUGUAGCCCUCCUCAAAGAUCUACCAAUCACCCUGCAGAUCCCAGUUCUCCUCACUAUUGUGCUCGCCAUAGUGGUAUGCAUGUACGGAGGCGUGCAAGCAGUCUUCCAGCAUGGCAUCGCUGCUCCUUUCCGCCGCCCUCGAUUGGAUCCACCUCCUCCUCCACAGUUGGAGCCACAGCAACCUCGCCUCCAGCAGAUCGAAGGCAUUGACCACUUAGCAGCAGGGGACGCACCACCACCACAACAAGUCCCAAGGCAACGAGCCGAAGGUGGCAGAUUAGACAGGAACCAGGUUCGUCAGAGGCAGCCCAACAGACCCAGGGAAAAGCCAGCCAAGUUGGUUAUAGAGACACUACGCACCACCGAGUCUCGCUAUAGCGAGAAUGAGACGGAUGGUGAGCGGCGUGAGGCGGAGCAGAAUCUCUCCGAUGAGUCAGAUUCAGAAAACCAGCCGGAGACCCAAGAGGAGCUAGAAGGAGAGAGUGUUCCUGCUAACACGACCCAAACAAAAACCAAACCCACUGAAUCAGAUUCAUCUCCAUCAAAGAUUAAACCUCUGGAAGUGAAUAAAAAACGUUCUCAAGAUAAAAUCAGCAGAGACGGUGCAGCACCGAGACCUCAGCCAGCAGAAGGGCAACCUUCACAAACUGAUGCUCAGCUUUGCACAAGCACUAAUGGGAUGGUGAAUAACAUGCGACAUAAAUUGGAGCGGCACGCCUCAGCAGAAGACAGGACCUCCUCUGUCUCACUGCCGCACGUUGAAACCGUCGGAGCUCCUGUUCAGGAGACAUCAGCGGAGUAGACUACACUGAUCACUAUCGUCAUCAGUGUUUGAUGCUUUUUGCUGGACUGUGGAGGCGGGGAUAGUUUAUGUCCCUGACUAACUGAUGUACAGACAUUGUUUAAAUGUGCAUGUCCAACAUUUUUGAAGGUAACCUAGUGGAGAAACCAGUCCAAUGUUGCCAACUAACUUUAUCUUGUUGAGUCACCAAUACUGUUUGGUCAAUCUGUUCAGUAUUUCAUGAUGAUUAGAAAGAGCAAAACAUUCAAUCAACAGCACAGCAGCCGGACUAGAACAAGUAUCAGGGAAACAGGAAACGGAUAUUUCAAAAACAGCA